ACAUAGCAGUAGUUGGUCAGACCCGUCAUCCAGUGGAAGGUUUAAUUACUGAAACGGUCGGACAUUUCGUGGCGCGGGUGUCUGAUCGAGAACUGGAGGAGCAACGUCGCAAGAAGGCAGCUGAGAAACGAAAGUAGCCAAUCACAUAACUGUGCUACCCAUUCUGCUAUUUGUAGCCCAUAUCACCCUUUUAAAUUUGUAUAUAAUCCUUUUUUUCACUCUGCUUCUCCCUUCUUUAUUUUCUAAAAAAUUUUCUUCAAAGCUUUCUGCUGAAUGAAAGUUAAUAUUUUGCUUGCCUUGCUGGCCGUGUCAGGCACGGCACUUGCUCAAUUGCCUAUUGUCGAUCCUGGUUCAUCCGCCGCUGCAACCACCACCACCACCACUACCACUGAUUCUACCACUUCAGCUCCUCCACCACCCACAUCUACUACUACGACUUCGAGUGAACCUACAACCUCAUCCGUCCCUCCCGCAUCAUCUUCUGUUCCAUCUUCGUCAUCCAGUGUUCCUGUGACUUCCUCAGUAGCUUCCACUUCUUCUGCUGCUACCACAUCUGCCCCCACUACGUCUGACUCGAAGCCGCCUACAUCCAUCGCACCAUCGACCACAGUCACUUUGGUAUCAGCUUCCACCACUGCCUCCAUCUCGGGCACGCCUACACCUACCAACCCUCCUUCCUCCGAUAACAGUAACAAAACUGGUAUUAUUGCAGGUGCCACGGUUGGCGGUAUCGUUGGAUUGGCCCUGAUUGCUGGUAUCUUGACUUGGAUCAAUCGAAAGGGAGGAUGUACUCGAAGACGCAAAAGAGACGCAGAUUUUGAUGACUAUGGUUUGGACGACCAUGAUUUCCCUGCUCGCCCUAUGGGUACAGCUUCCGCCGCUGCCGCCGCUGCAGGUGCAGGUGCCAUGGCCUCCGGAGCUCGCCAAGAACCUACCCUGCCUCAAUUUGGAGGAGACCAAUACUAUGAUGACCAAUAUGGUAACAACGGGGCUCGUCGCUUUGUUCCAUCCUAUCAACCACAACUUCAACAACACCCUGACUACUAUAACCAACAACAAGGUCAAUAUUAUAACUAUUCUGGUAACCCUGGUAGUGACCACGGUUUCUCAGAUACCACCUACAACGAUCAGAAUUAUUAUGGCGCUGGUGCCGCUGGAGGUUACUAUGAGCAAAAGACGGAUGGAGCUACCGAUACUUAUAAGCCUGAUGAUGCUGCCGUUGUCGAGAACAAACCCCAUGAAAAAUUGUAAAACCUUGCUUCCACUUAAAUCCUUCCUUCUACAAUAUCUAA